UUCGGAUUCUUUGUUCGAGACCAGAAUGGACCUCAGCGGCUUGCAGCUCACCGAGUCGAUGCUGGCGUCGAUGCUCAGCCAUUCGUUUGAUGACGAAGACCUCUGGAACGUCGAGACGAUCCUCGGCACGGACGCCACCAACAUGCUCGAGCUGGAGAAAGACCUUCAGUUUCUCGACGCGACCAGCGCGCCGCCCUCGGCGCCGUACAACGGACUCCAGAUCCAGACCGACAAUCUCAAUUUUCUGCCCGAUGCGAUCAUGGACCAAGUGUUUGCGACGGAGCCAUGCUACUCGCCCGAGCCCAAGCCGCGCCCGCGCAACUCGCUCGACAUGAUGACGCUCGAACCGCUGCCGCUCGACCACUUGUCGUUCGUCGCGCAUCCCACAAAGCGCAAGAGUAUCGUCAAAAUCAACCCGAUGCCACCGCAAAUCAAAGUCGAGAUGCCGCCGAUGGAUGCAAGCGGAGGUCGAAUGCUGCACAGCUUCAACAUGACCAACAGCAAGCUCAACUUCAACGUCAACACCAACAUGAACGUCAACAUGAACAUGAACACCAACAUGAACACCAACAUGAACGCCGCCAUGAACAUGAACACCAAUACCAAUGUGAACAUCAACACGGUCCAAGGCAACGCCAAUGCACUCUCGCCCAAGAAGUGCAAGCAGUGCAUUACGCCCGGGUGCACGCGCCGCGCGCAAUCCAACAACCGAUGCAAAUCGCACGGCGGCGGUGCCCGCUGCACCGUGCCCAACUGCGGCAAAAGCUCCCAAGGCGGUGGGCUCUGUCGCGCCCACGGUGGCGGCAAGAAAUGCAAGGCGCCAGGGUGCACCAAAGGCACGCAGCGCCUUGGUCUCUGCUACCUCCACGGUGGCAUCCGCCGCUGCACGAGCCCUGGCUGCGAAAAGAAAGACCGCGGCAACGGCUUUUGCAUCGCGCAUGGCGGCGGGCGCAAGUGCUCGACGCCCCGCUGCACACGCCCGGCGCGCCGCGGCGACUCGUGCCAAGUGCACGAGGAGCAGAAGAGCGGCAACGUGCUGCUGACGCUCCAGAGCAACGCGAUGAACCCGGACGCGAUUGCGUUCAUGGGUCGCGCGAUUCUCCAAGCGCCCAGCCCGCACUGAGCAACUUGCAUUCUCAUUUAUUCCUAUUACCUAAUACUAGUAUAUCAAAUUCAGCUUAUCACCCUC